CCGUCUAAGUUUGUGAAAAAACACAAGAAGAUGUUGGCUAAGAGCUGCAUACUCCAAACUGAUGCAGCUGGGAUUUCGUGGAAAGCAAGAAUAAAGAAAGAAAAGCCCAAUUACUUCAUAUGUGAAGGAGAAUGGGCACAGUUUGUGGUGUAUCACAAGCUGGCGAUAGGGGACUUUUUGCUCUUCUUUCUCAUUGAUAAAUUUACGUUCCAUGUGAUUCUCUACUCCAAGAAGCAUUCUGGAAACCUUCCUGGGGAGCUACCUUUUGAGGAACUCAGUUCUUCCUCUGAAGACGAAGGGGAAGGGGAGGAGGAAGAGAACAUCGAAGCUUCUGAGGAGGAUCAGCCAUGUAAGUUAAAAUGGAUCAGCCAAGAGCCAAUCGAUAUAUCAGAUUCUGAGGAAGAAAGUGUUGAUCCAACCCGUAGCUCCAAAGAUGGGGGAAAUCCGUGCUGUUCACGUCCAGGUAAAUCUGAUGUCAAAGCUGAUAACAUGCUCGGCAUGAAAAAGAGGGUUGACCCACCCAGUGGCUCUAAAGAUGGGGGAAAUCCAUGCUAUUCACAUCCAGGUAAGGUCAACCUCUUUCUAAAUUUUGGUAUGUUUCUAUGGCAGUCACAAUGAAAACAAUGAUGCAUAUAGAUCAUACCAACUUAUGUCUUAAUUGCUCUUGUUACUUAUUAAGUUUGGUAUUUCGGUAUAACUUAAAGCACUUUUUUAGCCUAGUUAAGGACUC